AAAGGUUAUCUUUUGUUAAGAAUCUUAACUUAUCGUCUAAAUUGUUAAUUAAUAUAAUUGUUUUAAUUUGGUUACUUAAUUUGUUUACUUUUUAUUUUACUGCUAUCAUUAAGUUGGAGAUCUUUGUUAUCUUCUUUUGAGUGGCCUGGUUGUUACUCUAUUUGAUUAGUUUUGUUUAUUAUUUAGCUUUGGUUUUGUAUCUUUUGGCUGAUUAGCUGGUGUGGCCAAGAAUACAAAAUGUCUGAAAGCGCAUUGGAAGACGUGAAAAAGAUUAUUAAAUCUUUAGUUAUUGCUCAUCAAAAUGGACUCAGUCCUGUUGCACUUAACAAUGAAUUUCUUGAAUUUGAAGGAAGACCAAUCCCAUGGAAAUCUUUUGGUGCAAGUAGUUUAUUUGAAUUUUUGAAAACUCUUUCAGAUAUAAUUGUUCCCGGCUCUAAUAGAGCCUCUGAGCAAGUUUUCUUUGCCCGGGUUGACUCAUCGACAGCUCAUAUUGCCAAUUUUGUGGCUCAUCAAAAACCUACAACAAUUAAACGGCGUAAUAAUAUUGCUCGAAAUGAUCUUGAGAAAAGACCAUGUCGUGAUCCAAGUCCUCCACCUGUGCCUAUCUCUGUACCAAUACCAAUACCACAACAACCUCAACAUUCACCACCACCAGAACGAAGUAGACCAAGAAGACCUGGUGUAUCCAGUUCAAGUAAUGGUAAUAGUGAUCGUCGACGCGAACCAGAAAGAUCUGAGAGAAGAAGAUAUAGAGAACCAUCACCUAUGAGUAUUUCUCCACCACCUCGACGAACACCAACCCCUGAACCUGAUAGAUUUCGCAAUCCAAGUCCACCUCGACAUGGAAGGUCACAUUCCUUUCGUGAUGCAAGUCCAGAUAGACCACCAAGAAGACAAUCUGCUCGAGAUGUAUUUUUAAAUGGUUCACCACAAGCUACUCCUCCACAAGAUUAUGAUAAAGAGUUAGCUAAAGCCAGAGAAAAGAGAGGUUUACCUGCACAAAGUUCACGAUCAAGAAGAAGUAGAUCACCUAGUCCUCGUCGACAUCGAUCUCGACCAUCACCUCCUCCACCUAGUCCUCCUCGUCGCCGUUCACCUCCCAUUCAAACAAGGUCAGUUUCUUGUCAAACUGAUAAGGAAAAAGUAAUUUCUAAAAAAUUGGUCUCCGCUUCAUGUCAAACUGAUGUUGAAAAAGCCAAAACCUCAACAGUUGUACAACAAGAACUAGCUGCUGGUGAUGAGAACGAGGUUAACCUUAAUCAAGCUUAUUAUGGUUCCAGUUAUGGUCCCAGUUACGGAGGUCAUUACAACGGAGGUCCAUAUAAUGGAUUCUCAUUGCAACCUGUUCCUGAUCCAUCUUACGAAGAAGAUGCCAGUCGACCAGGAUUUUAUUACGAUUUUGAUGCGGGAAGCCACAAACAAAUUCCUCUUAUACCUGAAUGGUAUGCUUAUUGGAUUUGGACUGGAUGGGCACCACCAACCUCUCAACAACCCCAACAAUCCCAACAACAACCUCUACAAUCCGCUUAUCCACCACAACAACCAACAUUACCACCAAAUCCUAACCCUCACGUACAUUCAACACCCACAACAACUACUACACCAGUUGAAGCUGCACAACCAACACUUAAAUUCAUACCAACAACACCAACCAACAAUUCAGCCACAAGGGACCCAAGACUCGCUCGUCAAUUAGCUGCUAAUGCAAAUAACACAGCGAACGCUAAACAAGCUCAAGUGCCCACUAAAAGAAAAGCUGUAAAUGUGAACGAUUAUUUAAAGUCGCGCAAAUUGGUUCCAGAUAAAUCGCAAUUUAUCAUCAACGAGGAAGCACAAGAAACUCCUGAAACCUUAAGUAAUACACUUGAUUAUUACGUUAAAUUGGGUGCCAAACGAGCUUAAACCGAUUGUCCGAACAAUUGGUUUAUAAAAUUUUUCUAAAUCUCCAAACAAUAUCAUCAACGAAACAUCAAAAAGGAGGAUUAGUUUCAAAAUGAAUUCUUCCAUUUUCUUUAUCAAUAUUUUUUACCCGCAGAAAAAAAAGUUAACAUUGUUUUUGUUUUUCGUUCUUUUCACUUAUGGAAAGAAGAAUCAACCAUGGCUUCUUCUCUCAGAACGAAUUGUAACCACACAAUUACCCAGUUCAUCUCUUCAAUCAUAAAUCAACAUUUGAGUGAUAA